CGCAAUGCUUUGCAGUUUAAUUUUAGGUUUUGCACUGUCAUGCGAGAAUUCUACCAGUGCAAUAUGCCCUACAAGUUUAUACAGAGCUACCGGCCGGCACAUCUAAUUAGUUAAAUUGUCGAAUUCGCUUAUUUAAAUGCAUUGUUGUCGACUGGUAAUUAUACAUUGAAGUGUCAAACAUUAUGGCAAGUGGUUCGGAUACAGCCGCUAAAUUUGCUGAACUGAAGAAAGAUGUCGUUGACAUUUUAAGUUUUUGUGAAGGACACCGUUUGGAUCUUGGCAGAUUCAAAGAGGAGUACAAGAACAGGUUCAGGAAGCAGUUUGACAAACAGUAUAAGAUUUUCAAGAAGGGAUGGAAGUUCAAAAACCUCAUGGCGGAAUUGGAUGAUGUCAUUGAUUUGGAAGAAUCGGAACACCACAAAUCUGUUGUGGUAAUGAAACUGAAAGAAUCGUAUUCGGCAAGCCGAGACUCGAGGAAUAACCUGACCUCACCAGACAGGUUGGAAGAUAGCGCUGGGUUUCAACAGGUCAAAUUAGAUUCCCCAACGAAAUCACCGUUGUCACAAACUACAGAGAAGGAAUCAAAAACUGCCACUACCUCAAAUAAUGAUUCCUCAAAUGUUAGUGGCCGCACAUACCUGAAAGCACAAAGGCGUCUGAAAAAGACAAGUACUGAAUCGAAAGAAAAAGAUCGUGAACCAGCUGGAGGAAAUGUCGCAACAUCGAUUAGCCCUACGGUGUCAUCAUCACCUGAAACUUUUGCCAUGUUCUCGGGUUCAUCUCUCCUAGGUCUGCCACUGUCACCACCACCAGUUUCUAGACUAGAAGCUUCAGGUUUUACUCAAGGAAUGCAAAUGACACCACCGCAAAGAGCAGAAACAAUUAAUGCUGGAAGUGCACAGGCCACGGCUUUAUCUCUCCGUGAAAUAAUGGAGCAGCAAGCUGAAGAGGAAAAACUUGCUGGUGCGAGUCCCUCUACUCCACGUCUUGGGUAUGAAAAGCUAUUGCAACAGAUGGGCACGCCCACUGCAGUGAAAGGAAAUGCCCACUUCUCUCCACCAGACCUCAAAGAUGCACGAAUUAGAGAAGUUGGAACUCCAGGCCCAUUAGAAAACUCGAUUAUUCAUGCCCAACAUGUAAUGGUUUCCAAUUCACCCAAAGCAAAGUCUGCAAGAAAUGUUUCUCUUCAUGAGGUUAAUAGGGCAGCAGAAGAUAUCAUUGCAUCUUUGUCGGAGGAAGGUCAGUUUGUUUGUCUUGAGGUUGUAAAGGCCAAACUCUGCAAAGAAUUUGGAAAAUCAAGUCUCACUACAAUGGGCAUCAAAAGAGACAAGGACAUUCCCGCCCUCAAUGAACUAAUUCAGAUGCAGGCCAAAGUCAGCUUAUUCGUGCAUGCCUACGUCAUGUCAAACAGUAUUUCUACUCUGUACGAAUUAAACCAGAGUCUUGCAGACCUGGGAUCCCAGCCAGACUUUGAAGAUCUCAAGCUAGGUCCCCUGGUCCAACAGCCUGUGGUAUAUGACAUGUUUAAAGCACCAACUGAUCUCGCUGAGCUGCCUCAUAUAACCACCAUUCAGAUUCUAAAGCAUUUGGAGAAGUACAUGACCAGGGAAGACUUGUGGCGGAAGAAAGUGGAUUUAACAAGAUUCAUGGAGUACCUGUGUGAGGAGUAUCGCUGUCAAACUCCGUAUGAACUUGGAGUGAGGAUUCAAAGCAUUGGAUUGGCCAUUUCGGUGAUUAAAAAGGCCAAACACAGCGAGAGUGAGAAAUGGAAAACUGUGCGUGAAGAAGUUUCUAUCGACCUGGAAGAAGACAUAAAGAAACAAAUUCGAAAAAUCAAGAAAGAUCUUCUUGGACAAGAGCUUGGUGACUUGAGGAGCUGUGUAAUGAAAUUUCUUGAAACCUCUCCUGUUGAUGCGCUGAACGCAGUAUUCGACUGUUGCCUGGAGAUGUUUGAUGGCAAACGGGAAAAAGAGAUUACAAAGUUUUUAACCGUGAUUACUAAGGAUUCGCUUGGGAGGAAUUUAUUUCAGCUGGCUCUCUCUAUGAGUUGCAAGCGCCUACUUGGAGACGCGCUUGAAGAGCUAGUUGCCAGUGAAGUUGAUUCAAAAGUGCAAGACACUAUAAACGAGGCGAAUAGCCGUGAGGCGGAAACACGGCCUGUCCCACCCAGUGAAGGUGCAAUUGUCCAAGAAGUGAAGGAGUGGCUGAUGAACGCUGAUAACGUGGACCUUGCCAGGUUGGCAAUAAUUGAAGGAACUGUUGUGAACAAAUUUCCAGGGUUCAAUGGUUUUGAAGACUUCGGUUAUGGCUCUUUUCUGAAAUUCUUAACGAAACACAAAGAACUGCUCGAAGCCAUUGAACAAGUUGGUGGCAUGGCUCGGUCAGGGAGAUUGGGAACGAAACUUGGUCAUAAAGUCUCCCUUAAUAGUGUCCUGGAUUUUAUAGCACAAUGUGGAACGCAAACAUCUCUUGAGACCAUUGAGCGGAAUCUGUGCAGUUAUUACGGUGUUAGUAAAGUGACGGAUCUUGGAUUUGGUUCUUGUUCAAACCUGCUGAAAAAAGCCACAGAGCAAAAAAAGAAUGCAGCAAGAAUCAGUGCUCCCUCGAUGGUUUACGAAGCCGCCCUCAUGCGUCACGACCCUGACAUGAAAGAUUCAGGUAGCGUGAGUUCAGAUGCGCACAAUGGCGGUGUUUUGGGAUACAAGACCAAAGAGGAAGCGUUAGAGGCCAUACAAAGCACUCCGCUGCUUGAGGACAUUUCACUCUGGACUCACUGGGACGAAGUUUAUGGCGGUGAUGUUUCCAAACUCGGCGAUCUUAAGUCAUUUCUGGAAAGCGAGGGGAUCCUUAGAAGCGCUGGAAAGUCAUCGCUGGAAACCCAGAGCCCACUGGUUGUCAUGGAAACAUCACCGGGAGUUCUCGUAAGGGUCACUACCGACACAUCUCCUGAAAUGUUUAAGGAGUGCGCAUGUCGAGGAGACACGAUUGGAGCCGCUGGUCAUCUGGUUUCUAUGGUGAUAGUGAAUGGGGGAGUUGCUAAUACCCCUGUCGCUCUUUUAGCCAAUCACGUGCAUUCUUCGUUAGCAUCCAUGGUUGCAGAUGAUAAGGACGGCUGUGAUCAUCGUUCAGCUUUUGUUCUGGAGUGUUUGGCUCGUAUGCCGCUCAGACUGGCCCGUGCAAUUGGAACAAAGGUUUUUCUUGAGCCUUUGAAGAAGCUUGUUGGCUCGACUGAAGCGCCAUCUCUUCUUCUUUCAAACUGCUCGACCCAGUCUCAACGCAGCCGCCUUCAUCAGCUGGGAUUUGCCCUUGGCAUAAGUCAGUGGAUAGAAGACUUCCAGAAUAGAGUUUCACGCAGAGAGGAGGCAGAUGAGGGCUUGCCCUUUGAUUUGUAUAGUGAUAAAGAACACCAGAGGCCGAUUGCUGUGGUCAGGCCUGUUGCGUCGUCGAAGAUGGAGAUCUCGCAGUCUUCAGAGAUUUCUUUAAACGAGCAGGAAAAUGUCGUGACAGACAUUCUGAUUGAAGACAGUGCUAAUAUCAAUGAAGAUGAGGAAGCAGUAACUUCAGACACUGCAGACAAAUCCCCACCACAAUCCACAGAACAAGAAGAGGAAUGCAGGGCAGUCAUCGAGCAAAUUCGUCGAGAGGAUUUUGGAAUCGGGCUAGAGCUCGGAGAAGAGGAGUCCAAACUCGUUCAGAGACAGCGAGAACGUGAAGGGCGUGGCUUACAUCGGCUGUCCACGGAGCUGUACACCAGGGACACGCACUUUGUGCUGGAACUUGUCCAGAAUGCGGACGAUAACUGCUAUCCCGAGCAGUGCACGGGCGCGGAAUUCCCGUCCCUCGUUUUUGUCCUUGAGCGGGACAAGAUUGUGGUACUGAACAACGAAGUUGGAUUUGUGGAGAAGAAUAUCCGCGCGUUAUGUGAUGUUGGCAGGAGUACCAAAGGAGCCCAUCGCUAUGGAUAUAUUGGGCAAAAAGGCAUCGGUUUCAAGUCGGUUUUCCGGGUCAGUGAUAGUCCGGAAGUCCAUUCCAAUGGUUAUCACAUUCGUUUUGACGCCAAAAGCGGUCCUGUUGGCUACAUACUACCCCAGUGGAUUGAAGAGAAGUGUCCAGAUAACGAUACAUCAGAACACGAAGACGACGGACUUGAAGACACUGGAGAGGGUGAUGCUGAUCAUGAAGUACCUGACAGUGUUGGAGAGGAAUUUGGCAGCUGGCCAACUCGUAUUGUUUUGCCACUGAAAGAGGAACAUCAAGGUAUCCAGAAGUCCUCACUCGCCGCCAGAUUCCGUGACGUCCAUCCUUCGCUUCUGCUAUUUCUGCAUCGUUUGAGAGGAAUCUUCAUACAAGAUAAGGUUAACAACAGCUACCGUCAAAUGGUGAGGAGGGACCUGGGAGAUAACAUUAUGGAGGUGUCACACAAUAAAGGCACAGACCGCUGGCUUGUGAUAAAGAAACAGCUUGAUGCAUCGAAUAUGAAAGAAGACGUAGAGAUGACCGAGUUGGCGAUGGCUUUCCCCUUGUUUGGUGACUUGGACAAAAAUGCAAACUUGGGAAAACGACAUCAGACCUUGCCACAGCAGAAUGUGUUUGCUUACCUUCCUCUCAGAAGUUACGGUUUUCGGUUCAUUAUUCAAGGAGAUUUCGAAGUUCCUUCGUCAAGAGAGGAUGUGGACAGCGACAAAUCCUGGAAUCAGUGGCUGAGAGAAGAGAUUCCACAGCUCUUUAUUGACGCUCUUUCUGUGUUCAUGGACCACUCGUCAUUUUCUGGUCUGUCCUCGGUGGCUUCAUACUUUCAAUUUGUCCCCCUUGAUGAGGAAAUUCUAGAUUUCUUUACACCUGUUGCUCGCCAUAUUCUGAAACUUCUACAAGGAAAGCCUUGCAUUCCCGUAGAAAAGACCAGCGAAGAAAGUGAACAACCACACAAUCGCUGCGACACUUUAAACAACUACGAGUGGGUUCUACCUUGCAAGGCCGUUUACUGCCAAGACAGGACGACGCAGCAGCUUAUCACCCCAACAUUGCUCCAGGAACACUUGGGUUUAAGCUACCUCCAUCCAGUAAUGGUGCCAGCUCUUAAUCCUACUCUGAGAUCCCGACUUGGAAUUGAGACUCUAUCCAGCAAGCACUUGAUUGAGAUUGGGAAGGCGGAAGUGAAAAAAGCUUCAGCUGAGCACAGUGCGGCUGCGCCUCAUGACGACGACCGCGGACCGGCUAUUGUAAGGAUAGGCUGGGUGGCUCAAUGGUUGCAGUGCAUGUAUCGCUGUCUUGAGCAGGAGCGAAAUAGCAGUCAGGAAAUGCUGGAUCUGAUUGGCUCUCUUAACGUGAUUCCACUGACAGAUGGUUCGUUUGUGAAUCUGAAGGGGGAUUCUGUUUUCCUGCCUUUGUCAAUGAAGAAAACCUCAGAAGGAGCUGUCCCAAAGAAAACGAAAGGUGCCAAAUCCCAAGAACAGACUUGUUUCACUGUACUUGAGAGGGAUCUGUCCACUGUCCACCCAGCUCUGUUCUCUUCACUGGAUGAUAUUGGUCGUUCUCAAGUUGAACAAUUGUUAAGACGCUUAGGAGUCAAGAGUUGGAGCGCAAGAGAGCUUAUCAACAGUCACAUUAUUCCAACUUUCAAGUCUGGCAAAUGGAAGGUCAAGUCGAACGAAGUGUUGAGGAGCUAUCUCGUGUACAUCCUUGCGCAGCGUAUAGCCGAUCCUUCCGUGUGUGACAUCGACGAACUGAGAUCCUGCGUACAGAUUUUGACCAACAAGGGUGUUGUGAACCCUACAGUAACACCAAUUUAUUUUACACCCAAAUACGGAAACUCCAUUGACCUCGCUCGUCACUUACCCAGUAUCUCUUGGACUCUUCUUGAUGAAUCGUACUUGGAUUCGUGUACAAUAUCAAAGGCUCGUCCCGAGGACUGGAAAGCGUUUCUCACCGAGCUUGGAGUACAGCAUUUUCUGGCGAUCAAAAGAAAGCAAGUUAAACUGCAUCGAGACAGCAUGGCUCAGUCUCCUUGGGCUACUUACGAACCCAUUUGGCAAACAACUCCAGAUGGUUAUUACAUAGUCGAUGACUGGGUUUGUGAAGAGUUUGAAGAAUUUCUUGGUAAGAUUGACGCUUCCGAUGCAAAGCAACGAGUAAAUCCUGAGGAGUCUAAGGUCCUGGCUCAAUGUAUUGAUGAACGCUGGGAUGACAAAUACGCAAAGUACGCUGAUGGUUCAGUUCAUGUCAAAGAUACAAAUGGCCACGUUCUAACAGAAACGCGAUCGUCCUUUUACCUGAAUCUUGUCUCGAGGCCAUGGAUGGCAGCCAGCGCUGGAGGAAUCGACCUGUUUCUGCCAAGGGACCUCUUCAUGCAGAUACCAUUAGUUUACCAGCUGCUAGAAGAUCACGUAAAAUACAUUGCUGCGGACUUAAAGAGCAAUGCUUUUAUUAGCACUUUACGCAUUCGAGAAUCGGUCGGUGUGGAUGGUAUGAUCAACGAAAUGAAGCAGUGGUCAGCUGCUUGCGGUGAAACCGUAGAUGGAAGUCAACCCAGGGACUUCACAACUUCCGUUGCCCACAUGAGCAGAGUCUAUUCCUUUCUUUCCGAGAAAAUGGCCCAGAAUGGUGAAGACAGGAGAAAAAUAAACGAUGCUUUUCAUAAGAAUGCGCUGAUAUUUGUCCCUCACCGCUAUCCAGACUCUUCCACCGAUCCGGCACGCCAAGCAUAUGGUUCGUUUCUGUUGAAGAAGGAUGUGUGCUGGCGAGACCCUACAGAAGUGGCUUUGAAGCUGUUUAAGGAACACGGAGAGGUAACCACAAGACGCUUACUGGAGAGGCACUACAGUAUCCCAGAAAGCCAACAACAAAGUCUAGUGCGUUUCUUCAUUGAUCAACUACAUGUGGACGAAACACCCAAAGUUGAUGAAUACAUCGAAAUGGCAUCAACCGUGGCUAAAGUUGCUGGUUUCCCUACUCCUUCCUCGUUGAAUGAUAUGCUGAAGAUUUUUGCAACUUUGGGACGUAAGUGUGUUGCUCGCGGCCACAACGACAGCAUGCGAGUUGAUGAGCAAAUCGACGAUAACAUGGCUAACUUUCUGAAGCAAUCUCUGGAAAGGGAACAGAAAUGUAUUUUCCCCUCCUUCGACAAGUGGGUUGCACUUUCGGAUAAGCCACUACUGCCCGACGACAAAUCACUUUUGAAGAUUUUCCAGAAGGAGAAGAGCGUCCAUUUCCUGGACUUCGGGAACCUUUUUCAGCCUCAAAAGCAUCGCCAAUCCGUUCGAAGGCCUCAACAACUCAGAGAAGAAUUGCAACACAAUGUCUUGUUGUUUCUGAAGACCUGUGAAGUAAAACCAGUAAGUGAAUGCAUAAAGAAAGAGUUUAUCCCUGAGUUAGUGGAGUACCGAUGUGUCCCACUGCAGAAGCACUUUCACCAGAUGAUACCAUCUGUACAGCGUUUCCUAUACUCCAGAAAUCCAACAGUUUACGAUGAACUUAUCCGUGACGGUUUUGCACAGAAACUGCUGCAGAUGCAAUUUGCCUCUGUGAAAAGUUUAGAAACCGUGUAUUCAUUAAGUACACAUCCCGAUGUUCGCAUUCCAAUUGAAGAAAAGUCUGGCGUACAGUCGGUGGGUUCCACCUUCUGUUUUUACGUGGUGAAAGAGUUUCAGGAAAGUGCCGAUGUCGUAAAUGCCGAGUUGGUGAAGCUGCUGCUGAGAGGUACAAAACAGGGCUCUUCAGACCUCAGUAACUUUUUGGUUGCAGUGAAGAAUUACGAUGGAAAUGAUCUCGAGUCCUUUCUUGGAGAGCGGCAAGGAUUGGAUCCACUACCUGAUGAAGAAGAGCUUUGGAGCGUGCCACCUCCUGACGAACCUGACAUUGCUGAAGUCGAAGAGGAAGUUUCGACUGAAGCUACUCCCCUUCACGCCGAAGUACCAACCUCAUCUAGGUUCGGCGACGAUGGUCUUCAUUCCUGGCCACCCAAAUCUGCCGCUCAAUAUGAUAAGACGCGUCAACGCGAAGGGGAAUCAGGUAGUGAAAGCACGCUGAAGAUGUGGCCUCCGCCAGCACCUCCGGAGUCUGUGAAGAAGCCUGAAGAGGAACUCCGAGAACAUCAGGCCCAAGGACGACCUACACUACAUGACAAUAGUACCGAAAGACCGACAGAACACGUAGACAUACCUGGAGAGAAAGAUAGCACAGUCUCAGUGCGUGACCUGCCUGUUGAAAACAUCCCUCGACAGUAUCACUCUGCAAGCUCCGGGGAAACAACAGCCGAAGCAACGGUGCUCAACAGCAAUGCGAAGAACGAACCCAAAACCAAUUCGAUUGGAGGGAUUGUAGAUUCACCUCCCAGUGAAGAUGAGCACAGCCACCACAAUUCAGGACAGGUGGAACCCCAGCUCCCACAAACACCUAGACCUGAAGAAGCUAGCUUCACAUCUAGCCCUGGAAGUUUAGCCAAGCAAUUUUCCCCUACUCGCUCGUAUCUGUGGUUUGAUGCUGGGACAACCGAACUGGACUUUGAAGACCUCUCUUUUAAUGGUGACACGAGAAUCUUGGAUCGGAUACCGCUGGUGGACAACCCAAACAAAGAAGAAAUCGGUCGAUGGGGAGAACGAUGCGUGUUUGAAUUCCUUCAGAGCGAAGCAGGUGCCGAAGUGGAAAUUAUUUGGGUGAACGAACGAGAGAAUACCACUGCGCCAUAUGAUAUCGAGAUUCGGCGACAUUUCAAUGGUAUGGGAAACGACGAGAAUUGUCGCACAGUGAUCACAUUUGUUGAGGUGAAGACAACCUCUUCUGAUCAGAAAGAAGUCUUUGAACUUUCCGUUCCAGAACUUAGUUUUGCAAUGGAAAAACAAAACGCUCUUCAUCUUUACCGCGUUUUUAACGCGGGAAAACCGUCUGUGCGCAUUCGUCGUUUGCGAAAUCUGGCAGCACAACUGGAUAGGAAGACCGUAAAACUGUGCAUGGUUAUCUAACGCUCGAAGCUGUCGGGUGUUUUUGUAUUUUAUUACUAUUAUUUUUUUUUUUAUUUUUUUUUUUUGUUCUAGCUAAGUUUCAUGUAAUUCGUCUUUUUAUGGAGGGAUUUUAGCUGAUGAUUAAGUUCGAACGAUAAAGUGUGUAAAAGAAAUUCAUUUGAAUAUCAUUAGGAAGGUUGAUUAUGUAAAUAAUUAAGUAAUUAAGUGUUUUAGAAUUUGACGAGCUUCAUUUUUUUUCAAUAUCGACUGUUUUGCCUUUUUUACUGCUUUAUUGUUAUUAUUUUUCUUUUUAGUUUUAUUUUUACUUUUGUGUAAAUCGCCGAAGGCAUUGUAGUGAUUUAAAAUGUUCCAUAUAAAAACAGCAGAGAAAGUGAUAUUGUUAUUUGUUAUCCAGCAUAUUUUCAUGUUGUUUUUUAUUAACUUUGAAUAUUGAAAUCCUUCCCAUUGCUAUUUAAGUUGGCCUAAUUUGAACAUUUUUUAUUAGUUGUAAUGAAUGAUUUCCUUCUAUUCGCUAGAUUUUUCUUCUUAUUGGAUGGCUUAUGUUAGUAGGGCAAGUGGGUUAAGGGGCUACUUGAAGAUUGGCUUAAAAUCGAAAAGCAAUGUUGAAUAUUAAUCUCAAAUCGUAGAGUUAAGAUAAUGAAUAUGGCACAGGAAAUAUGCUAGGAAAUGAAAUGAUCACUCAAUGAUCAUAUAAAUAAAGCAUUUUGCUUCAAACCCAGCUUUUUCAAAAAUACUUUGUUUGUAAUGAAGCAAGAGUAGGUAGUUAUGUUAUUUCCACAAGUCAAUUCUGUACUGCUUUGCUAAAAAAAAAAUCACCAGAAAGUAUUUAAAUAUGUAGUUUGUAUACAAAAUUUUGCAGCUGUUUAUUUGUUGGCUGAGUUAUUAAUAUAUCAGCUAUUUAUAGAAUAUUGGCAUCGCCGAUGAAGGGACAAGCCUUGUAAAAAAGGAAUCAACCACGCUUGGACUUAACUUUUGAAGUUUUUAAUGUAUAGGUUUCGGUAACGAGAAUAAACACAGUUCAACUGUU